AAAAUUUAUGUUAUGCUAUGUAAAUAUAUGUUCAAGAUACGCAUUAAUAAUGUUAGUCCCUGUCGAGUAUUGCUUUAAAGUAAAGGUGAAGUAAAGGUAAAGUGAGGGCAGACACAAUUACUGUGAAACAUUAGCCGACCCUUCCCUUACGAGAGCGCUCACCGUGAAGUAACAGGGUGUGUUGCGUAUUUACGCCGGCGAGGUUAGGAGUCUGUUUUGUAGCUCGCCGAAUUCUUCCCGUAUUUUAUUGUGGAUGGCACACUGAGUGUUUGAUUGUAGGCGGGCAAUGCCUUGUGUAACUCCGCCCGUAUCGCGUAACCGAUCACUUUAUAAUCAAGAGAAACAAAGCGUGGCGAAUGCGACAAAGGCGACAUAACAUUCAGCCAACAUUCGGUGGAUUUCCAAAAUAUCGCACAAGGGAGGCGAGAUUCAUGUAAACUUUAUCACAGCGAGACAGGUGCAACUAUAGCAACAACGUGAUUUAAGUUUAGCGCGCAGUAACAUUCGAAUAAAGUCAUUACAUAACAACUAUAAAAGCAGGCUUUUGUUAAAGUGUGAACAAUCCACCGACUUUACCAAGGGCAAUUAUAAGCAACAGAAUAGCAGGUGUGCUAAAUACAGCUUUGCACACCAAACCCUGGUAACAGAGUAACUUAUACGAUGAUAAGCUGACUUGUUCUAUAGUUAACUACGUAAGGAUUAAUACGUGUUAUUCAUUAAGGGAUAUAGAUACUGAUAGGCACUUGUCAUAUUUUACAACAAGGUAUAUAGCUGUCUUAGUGGGGUUAAAAGGUAAACAAAUUGCUGUUGAAAGCACAGUAGUAGCGGAAUGAAGUAUCGAUGUUACGAUAAGUUCUCCCUUCUGCAGGUCUGUAUGGAUAGCUUAUGUGGUAUAAACAUAAUUUACUAUUAAGUUCAUGUUAUUUAAAAACGAAGAAAGGUUAAUCAACAGCGAAACAACAGUUGUUAAAACCAACGUCUGAAACAUGCUAUACAUAAGUAUGUGGGUAAGAACGUCAGUUAAAAAAACGCGGUUGUUGCAUCUAAACUUGUUCAAACAUCGUUGUCUUUGUGAGUUAAGCCCGACACUGAUGUUCGGCACUUGGUGGACAAAGUACGUCGUCUUCAACGUCACAGCUGACAAGCAUUGCUUCAAUAACUCGGUUGUGAACAGAAACCUCGACCUACUGCGACGAUAAGUUUCCGGCCGAAGUUUUCAAGACUUUUCGAGGGUUGUUCGCGUGUGAAGUGCCGAACCUGGAUAUAAAGACUUCCAAGCUAAUCUGUGGCCCAUGGGCGCUGACACCUGGCAUCGUGUAGAUGUAGAAGGAUUGUUUGACCCCAAGAUUAUUCUACUCAAGAGCUUUGUGAGCGCAUUUCCACAUCUUCUCCAAACCGCCGUUAUUUUGGUUUCUCUAAGCAAAACAUCAGCAGCAAUUACAGUCAAUGACUGCGCUGUUAAACCGAGUGUUGUUCUCGCCACCCGCCUGAUCUAUAUAGUCGCCUCAAAAUUAAGAUUUUAUGCGUUUUUAGUCGAUUGGCUAAAACUCAGUCAAUAAAAUUUUGACCGCCUUUUGUAAUAAUUAUUGCACAUGGUUCUAAUCGGCGACUAAACAAAAAAUACACGAUUUAAGUCGGUUUACUAUAAUACCACCCUAUGUGUAAUAUUGAUCAUUUUUACAGGCGAAAUAGGGAGUAGUUAUGAAUAUGCUGUAAGGUAUAUAGGUUAUGUAAUGCUGAUGCUGUUAUACUGGUCAACACCCGUGGAUUAAAACAUACGAUGAAUUGAGUUACGUCAUCGUAAUUGGCCGUCAUUUGUAUGUAUAAGAAGAAAGAAUUGCAGCAGAAACUAAAUAUCUUGUUUGCAAAAGUUUGAACCCGUUUAAAACUAACAGGUGCAAGGAAACGCAGUCACCGAAACAAAAUGAAAAUCGAACAAGUGAACAGACACGAGGAGACAUCGUACAUGCUUGAUGAGGAAACGAACCGAGCGAUCCUGCAGAGCAUUGUGGCGAAAGAUGAAAUAUCUAAAUAUCUCAGUCCGCUCAGGUUCAUGGAGAUAAAUACUUGGAGGAAAGAGGUUCCGUAUGGGUUAAACCACGAAAGUGACAACGAUCGUCGCAAAUGGCGAACUCCCCUUGAAAUACUUUCCUCAGUGACUGGAGAAGCUUCAUUAACUCGCUCACCUUCCCCACCUAGCGGUAGGAGUUCGACCAAACCAAACGAGGACAAAACCAAAACGAAAGCUUCGGCACCAGUUACUCAUGACACUUCUGCGCAUUCAAGGAAUGAAAGAAGUAACAUAUUCACCCAAUACACCAGUGUUGGGAACGAUUAUCUAGACGGUAGCACCGUUGGCGCAAAACCUCAAACUAAAUCACGCCAAGGUCGCCCCGGGUAUUUAGAGACUGGGCACAAAUACGUCACGAGGCCUAUGACGUCACCAGAACGUCAUCCCAUCCUCACCAAGAUAAACAGCGAGAGGUUGGUUGCUACAAGGCAGACAUCAGAUCCACUGCCUAGUGAUAUCGGAAACCAACAUAGUAGCAACAGACCAUACAGCCGUGAUGUUGCAACACCUAACAUAUACAACCGAACACCCGUAACAUCAUCUUCCAAUAAAAAUCAUUCCUCUCAACCCUCUUGGCAAACCAACUUCAAACAAUUCGGUAGAACAAUUGAUUCGGCGCAAAUGUCCGCUCGGCCGCGUAUUAGAAGCGGCAGCGAACUACACCGACCACGAUCGGGAUUUGAAAGCAGAAUCGGCGGGAAUCCAGAGCGCAGCGUCCCGCCGAUUAAUCCCCACCCACCUGGUCUUAGGCGACAUAACUCUGACGUUACCCAAUCUGAUCCAAAUAUCGCUUACGUGCCCAUUUCCCCGAAGCGUGCCCCCCACUACCGACGGGACCCCAUCAACACCAAAGUGAAAAACUAUUACGCUGCUAGAAUUGCUGCCAAUGACGUAAUUAUGACGUCACCAAGCCACAGUACACCCCCACUCCACAUACCCGUCCCAGAAAACAGUAAAAGGAAACUUAAAUACUACAACACUACUUACAGACCGUCUUCCCAACCAGGAAAGUUUUCCAACGGUAUAACACCUAGGAUUGUGUACGCUAAUGACGUCAUCGCACGGGCGGAUGCUGAGACCAAAAUGACGUCAUCAGUUAUUACGUCACAGCACUCCCCAUGGGUGACACAAGCCCUCCCCCAUCUAUCAGGGGCAACAGAACACAAUAUGUCUCCUGCUGAACGCGAUGGUUAUUACGUGAGCAGAAAACCAAGUAAAACUGUGAGCUUCCGACUCGAAAACGGUGAAAGCAACCCACGAGUCUCCAAUAACCAGAAUAGCAACGAUAACGUGUCAAUGGUAGUGGUGAAUAUGGAUGGGCAGUACAACCAACUUCCAAGUAAUCGUGGCAAUAGUUUGGCUGCAUUGAAUAGACCAGUAGUGUCACCCCGGUCUUCAUUGAACAUUCGGGAAAGUUCCACAGGUUUUACUCAAGCGGGGUCCGUGCCCACUAUAACAGUAAGACAGUAGCGAAGGUAAAUAAUCCAAGUUAGGUCGGAUUUCAAAAAGCUGACCUACCUUCUUUCGAACUGUUUUGGAUAGAUGCUUUGGAAAAGGGCAACUCUGGCCCUCGCCGGUAUAUUAUAGAAUUACAAACAUGUGAUAUGAAUGGAGUCCGAGACGAGGUCACACUGAUGGGUGUUGGGGUAAAGAGCCGACUGUGGCAUAAAUCCCGGGUCACCGACAAGGACCUAAACCAUAUAGAAUAGGCCUUGCCCCAAGGUUUGCCGUCAUUUCAACAUAUUAUGCUUCCAACUUGUGGUUCAUUUUGCUGACGACUGACGGCUUGCAAGUAAUUGAACAGUUAAAAUACAAUAUACGGCUAAGGGGGGUUGAUGUUUAUGUAAGAAGAAACACUUUUUAGGGAAAAUAGCUUCGGUUUAAAUUUUCUGUCCGAAAAUUAGCAAAGAUGAAAUUUGUUGGACCCGGUUUCUGUCGGUUAUACAUUUUGUAGCACUUGAUCCCGACUGUUAUUUCUUUACAAGAAUCGUCCAACUUUAUAACACUAUAGAUCAAAGUCAGAUUUCCGGAAUUUAUCCCAGUUUCUCGGUCGUGAGUUUAGCUUUUUAUAUUAUGUUUACUUUUUUCCUUAAAAAUAUCAAAACUAAGUAUUUAUGUUCAAGAGUUUAUGUUCCUUUAAAACGUAAUCAGAAUACACGAGCUGCACUAUA